UACCCGGUCAUAAUUAAUGGUUCAAAUAACUUGUCUGUUUCAAGCGCCUAUCAUUAAGACCCGAAUUCACUGCUCUCCCUUUCCAAACCAACUACUUGAAAUGCCCCCCCUAUCCACCAUCGUUCUUUCUUUCUUUUCCUGAUGAAAGAAAGGAGUAACCAUGGCAACAAAGCCCUUCUUCCAACUCUCAUUUCUCGUCCUUUGUCUCUCCUUCUUGACAAAAUCACAAGCCAAACAUGUUGCAGCUUUGUACAUAUUUGGCGACUCCGAUCUGGACAAUGGCAACAACAACGACAAAGACACAAUCGCAAAAGCCAAUUAUCCACCAUAUGGUAUUGAUUACCCAAAGGGAACCACAGGCAGAUUCACAAACGGCCUCACCAUUGCUGAUUACUUGGCUCAAUUUCUCAAUAUAAAUCAACCACCUCCAUUCUUGGGGCCAAUGGCAGCUACCGGAAAAAGGCCCAGAGGAUAUAACUAUGCCUCAGCCUCAGCUGGCAUCCUUCCUGAGACAGGCACCAUUGUGGGCUCCAACUUGAACUUGACAGAGCAGGUGAGGUUGUUCAGAAAAACCGUGGAUACAAUCCUUCCUCAGCACCUGAAAACCCCAGAAGCAAUCUCACGUCACUUGUCAAGCUCUAUUUUCUUGGUUCUCAUUGGCAGUAAUGACUAUGCAAUGAAUUAUCUUCUGCCUCAAUUCUCCAACAGCAGUCGCUUAUACAAUCCUGAGCAAUUUGCUGAACUCCUCCUGAACGAAUUGGGAAAUCAUUUGCGGGAGAUGUACCGUCUGGGUGGCAGGAAUUUUGUAGUGUUUGAGAUCGGUCCAAUUGGUUGUUUGCCAACUGUUGCACUAGAAAAUGCUGGAACAAAGACCCGAUGCGUAGAGAAACCAAAUGAUUUAGUAUCCAUCUUCAAUGCAAAGCUUGCUUCUAACAUCAAUCAGCUCACUUCCUCACUCCAACACUCCACCUUUGUUCUUGUGAAAACCUUCAACUUAGUGCAUGGCCUUGUGGAAAAUCCUUCUCGCAAUGGGUUCAAUGAUUCAAGAAAUCCAUGUUGUGUUAUUAGCGAUAAAACUGGAACUUGCAUUCCAAAUAAAACCCCGUGCCAGGACAGAAACGGCCAUGUAUUUUGGGAUGGAGCUCACCACACCGAUGCAGUAAACAGGUUUGCAGCAAGGGAAAUCUUCAAUGGGACAAGCUUUUGCACUCCCAUCAAUGUCCAAAACCUUGUCCAUAAACAUGCCCUGUAACCUUUUCUAUUAAUAUCCAUCACUCACCCCUGAAUUAUAGCUAUAGAUAAUCCAAUUUCAAUCCAUCUAUUUUGCGCGUUGCACUAAGAUUCUUCUACUUUCUUGUUUGAUGACGGAAGAUGCGUUAACAAACCCUAGUUUAUCCACAAGUUUACAGAAACCCACCUACCAAACGAAUCGAUCCCUCACUUCUUGGCCUUGUUCACCGGCGGUCUUAUGCUCUUUGGCUUCUUCGAAGCGUUAACAGGAGCUUUCUUCACAGCCUUAGCCGGAGCAUUCUUCGCAGACUUCGACGGUCCCUCCACUUUCUUUCUCGCCGACGUUACAGUCGAAGUUUUGGCCGCGGUCUAGCCUUGGCUUUGGCCUCCAUGGGAGCUGUCCUGUGCGAUUUUGAUUUGUUUUUGGUUUUGGGGUUUCACUAUACUACUUAUGUCAAUGUAUUUUCAUUUUGAACACUUUCAAUUCGUGUAUGAAUUUACACUAAAUUUUUUAUUUAUUUCAU